GUCACCGAUAGCGGCAGAUACGGAAGUCGCCGUGCGCUUCUCGCUUGUAUGCAGCGAAGCCAAACAGGCUGCUGUGUAGGUCGGCUUUAAAAAAGUAUCACAUCGUACACAGGGGGAAGAGAAUAAAAAGCUGAUGUUUACUGGAACAUCUCAAUGCAUGUGAAACGGGAGAGCUGUGAUGUGGACAUAAAUAUCAUGGAUAUUAAGGAGGAGGACUGUGAGUUGGAAUCCAUCUACCUUAAACAGGAAAGUCUGAGCUUUAAGGAGGAGAGCAGUGAACUGCAGGCAGUGGGCAUUAAAGAAGACGAAGAAGAGAGGUCCGUCAGUAUUGAGACGCUUAACCAUACAAAUCUGGACAGUGUAAAAGAAGACAACCUUCAUGAUGGGUGUCAAGAUGGAGUGGUGACCAGAUUAGACUCUUCUCAAAGCAGACAAUGUUCAUCUCCAGAGCCUUCUGUCAAUGUGAAGACUGAAUCAUUACAGUCGAAAGCAAAGAGGAUUGAGAAAACUACAUCUGUUAGAGCUCAGGAAAAUCGGCCAACAUCUACAAAGAAGUCUGGAAAAAGAAACAAAGAUCAGUGCAGUUUGGAAUCUGGAAAAGAAUUCUCUGGCAGGAGUGCUCUUCAGAAACACACUAGAGUUCACACGGGAGAGAAGCCAUAUUGCUGUACUGAAUGUGGUAAACAGUUUUCACAUAAAUGCAGUCUGAAGAACCACACUAGAGUUCACACAGGAGAGAAGCCGUAUUGCUGUACUGAAUGUGGUAAACAAUUUUCACGUAUAAGCUAUCUGAAUGACCACAGUAGAGUUCACAUCAGAAAGAAGCCGUAUUGCUGUAAUGAAUGUGGUAAACAGUUUUCACGUAAAAGCAGUCUGAAUAACCACACUAGAGUUCACACAGGAGAGAAGCCAUAUUGCUGUAAUGAAUGUGGUAAACAGUUUUCACAAAUGAUCAGUCUUCAGAUACACAAUAGAGUUCACACAGGAGAGAAGCCGUAUUGCUGUACUGAAUGUGGUAAACAAUUUUCACGUAUAAGCAAUCUGAAUUACCACACUAGAGUUCACACGGGAGAGAAGCCGUAUUGCUGUAAUGAAUGUGGUAAACAGUUUUCACAAAUGAUCAGUCUUCAGAGACACACUAGAGUUCACACCAAAGAGAAGCCAUAUUGCUGUAAUGAAUGUGGUAAACAGUUUUCAGGAAUGCGUAAUCUUCAGAAACACACGAGUUCACACCGGUGAGAAGCCGUUUUCUCUACUGAAUGUGGUAAACAGUUUUCAUUAAUGAUCAAUCUUCAAAAACACACUAGAGUUCACAACAGAAUUAAAAGGGUAGAAGUUCAAAAAUCAGUGUAGAAAAACAAGCACCCUUCAGGACUCGAGAGUGAGGUUCACUCCUGUCUGAAAAGUAAGCAAACUAAACUAUUGUUGACAAAUUAAUCUCUGAGAGAAGCGAUAUUACUGAUUGGAAUGUGCCAAACAAAUCUGUCAGAGGAUUUCUCUUCAGAGACGCAGCAGAAUUCGCACCGGAGAGAAGUACAACUGAACAGUCCUAACUAAAGAGUGAGGUUCACUCCUGCCUGGACAAUAAGCACAUGUAACUGAUUGGAAUCCAUCCUACUUAGUGUUGUGUCAGAAACAAAUCAACACAGUGGAGAAUUAGAAGUUUAUAUCCUUUUUCAUUUUCCAGAAACAAAAUAAAGAACAGGGCGUUAUACAAGCUGCUUCUCACCAAAGCCCCUACAGCCUCCAUUAUGAGCCUAGCUCUGCUUUCAUAACAUACAUAUUACAUAUGGAUCUAUUUAUAAUAUACACAUUUUAUCAUAAAAUAACUCUCUACAAUAUACAUAACCUCACAUUAAUAACAGUUCAGCUAUAUAAUAAUAAAUAUUUUUCUAUUUUUAUAUAACAAAAAAUAAAAUAACAUACUUUUCUAAAAACUAACUGUAGCACCCCUUUUCUCUUACUGAGGGUUCUUACCUGAGUUGUUUGUUUUCUUCUUUUUUCCUUCUUUACUAACUUUAAAUAUAACCUUUUACUUUAGUGUUCUCAGCACAACUGUUUCAAGAAACAAACUUUUGUUACUAAUGUAAUUUCCAUAACUCUGCCAUUAAUUUUACAAUUCGUUACUAGACUCCACAUAAGGAUACUACAGCCACCUGCCAAACGUGAUUUCCCUUUUUUCCUUAUAUGGCUUCGCCAGGCAUUAUAAAACAAAAAACAAAUUUUAAUGGUUUAAUUUAAAUAAAUUAACUAUUUAACUAUUAAGCACAUCCAUACGAAAGUAUAAACUUAAAUAAUCCAAGAAAUCUAUAUGAGUGUUGAACCAGCAGUCCUUUCUUUGAAUGCAAAAAAUACCAAUAAACAAGUACAAUCCCCUUAUAAAACCUAAGCUGGCAAACUAAAUAAAAGGAACCAAACAAACGUCAAGUAAAAGAUACCACAGAUGAGCGUUGCAGGCCUGUUACUUGAAGGUGAUUGUUACGUUACUCGGCGACGGCCUCUUAUGCUGUAAUAGAGCAGACGGGUCUUGUUUUCUGGUUUCCAGCAGAUGUGCAUCCUCUUUUGUUUCUUUCCUAGCGAGUUUCAGCUCUCAGCAAUAAGUUGGUCAGCUGUAACAAUAUCCGAUAUUGGCAAUAUAAUCCAAUGUUUGUUGACAUCUUCCGUGUUCGGCGUUUCACAGACAGUGCUCCCUAGCUCACCGGUUUAGUGUUCUCAACCAGUCCGUCCAACCUCCAACACGUUCACAUUUUUCUGUUCCUACUGUUAAUUCUGUGCUGGAAUCCAGUCUUUUUUUUUUUCUCUCUUUUUAAAAUCCUUGCUGAAGUUUACCAUGGACUGUGUUUCAAUCCUCGCUUUUAGUGCAAAAGCCCAGUUCUCUCCCUUCUUAUCUCGCCCCUUCUGACCUCUGACCCCCGCCUUUCGCUGCUUUCCAAACCAGUAAAAUAAUUUAACAUAAAUAACAGCAUUUACUUUUUAAAUUUUAAAGCUUAGAAAUUACAUAUCUUUUUAACAAAAAGUACAAUAAAUUUAACUAUUAAUCAAAUUUAUAUUACACCAUUGCUAUUACAACCUCAUAACUUGUGUUUUAAAGGGCUACAUAAAAAAAAACAGGGUGCCAUACAAACAGCUUCUCGCCAGUGCUUAUUAAAUAAUAAAUCAAAUCAUCCAUCCAUUAUCUAACCCGCAACAUUCUAACUACAGUGCCACGGGGUUCUGCAUGAGCCAAUUCCAGCCAACACAGGGCACAAGGCAGGAAACAAACCCUGGGCAGGGUGCCAGCCCACCGUAGGGCACA